AGCAGAAGAGAAAGCAAAAGCUCCCCGUGCUGCCCGCCUGCCUGCCCUGGACUCAGCAUCUCUGGCUCCUGCCCGGGCGGGAGAGCUGCGCCGCCGCCGCCGCCGCUGCCAUGGCCCGGGAGAACGGGGAGGGCAGCGCCUCCUGGAAGAAGCAAGCCGAGGACAUCAAGAAGAUCUUCGAGUUCAAGGAGACCCUGGGAACGGGUGCGUUUUCUGAAGUAGUUUUGGCUGAAGAGAGGGCUAGUGGAAAACUAUUUGCAGUCAAGUGCAUCCCCAAGAAAGCACUGAAGGGGAAGGAAAGCAGCAUAGAGAAUGAAAUCGCAGUCCUGAGAAAAAUAAAACAUGAAAAUAUAGUUGCACUGGAAGACAUAUAUGAGAGUCCAAACCACUUGUACCUGGUCAUGCAACUAGUGUCUGGAGGCGAGCUUUUCGACCGCAUAGUAGAGAAAGGAUUUUACACCGAGAAGGAUGCAAGCACUCUGAUACGGCAGGUCCUAGAUGCUGUCUACUACCUGCACAGAAUGGGCAUUGUGCAUCGAGAUCUCAAGCCUGAGAACCUGCUGUACUACAGCCAGGAUGAAGAAUCCAAAAUCAUGAUCAGUGACUUCGGAUUGUCAAAGAUGGAGGAUAAAGGAGACGUCAUGUCCACAGCGUGUGGAACCCCAGGAUAUGUUGCUCCUGAAGUGCUGGCCCAGAAACCCUACAGCAAAGCGGUGGAUUGUUGGUCUAUUGGGGUAAUUGCAUACAUUUUGCUCUGUGGAUAUCCUCCAUUUUAUGAUGAAAAUGACUCCAAGCUCUUUGAGCAGAUUCUUAAGGCGGAAUAUGAAUUUGACUCUCCAUAUUGGGAUGACAUCUCGGACUCUGCUAAAGAUUUUAUUCGGAAUUUGAUGGAGAAAGACCCUAACAAAAGAUAUACCUGUGAGCAAGCAGCCCGGCACCCAUGGAUCGCAGGGGACACCGCCCUCAGCAAAAAUAUCCAUGAGUCUGUCAGUGCUCAGAUCCGAAAGAACUUUGCAAAAAGCAAAUGGAGACAAGCAUUUAAUGCCACAGCAGUUGUGAGACAUAUGAGAAAGUUACAUCUUGGCAGUAGUUUGGACAGUUCAAAUGCAAGCGUGGCAAGCACCCUCAGCCUGGCCAAUCCACUUCCCGAUGGAACAACCAGGAAAGAUUGUAUGUCCCCAUCUGCUCUCUGUAGUUUUGUUUCAUCUGCUUCUUCGGGUAUUUCUGCAGUAGGAGGAGAACGGAGACCCAGGCCAACCACAGUAACAACAGUGCACACGGGGAGCAAGUGAUCAGCGGAGGAGGAUAGAGACGGGAGAGCCAUCGGGUCGAGCGUACCUACUCCGAGUGAUUUCAUCCUGCAUUGUGCACUCGGCGAAGGACUAGAAGAGAGAAGAUUUUUUAUGGCCAUAUUUUAUACUGCAAUUCUGAAAUGUUUCAUUUAGCACAAACUGCAAUGACUCCAGGGGGAACGGAUUUAACAGUCUCUGGUGCUGUAUAUAUGAGUCUAGCAAUGUUCUAACAGACGCGCAUUCUUUUUCCCGGUGAUUUACUCUCUUCUCAGUGUAGGUAACAGUAUAUGUUGUAUUUUUUUUCCAUUAACUAAAAAGGUCUCGGCUGGAUUAUUUAAAUAGAGAUAAUUUUUGAGAAAUAGACUUUUUUUUUUCUUUUAGCAAGUACUUCCAGUUGCAUCCCUCCUUCCAGUUUGCUGAGGGAUAGGUUACUUCUGUCGGUAGAGAUUUGCAUUGACCUUCCAAAACAGGAGGGUUUCAAAGGCAUGCAUGCCAUUUUUAAUUCCUAAAAUUGGACUGUACACCUGUCUAGAUCUAGCAGUGCCGUUACACUAAAACAAUCUGCUUUCCCUCUCUUCCUCCUUCUUGGAAACAAUGGUGAGAGUUGAUUGAAAACAACCCAUCAGGACGUGCUGUGAACCUGCAACAUUCAUUGACUUUGACGGGAGUGGCAAAGUUCUCAGCCAGGAGCAGCCCUUAGUUCAGUAAGCAUGUGGAAAAUGGUAUAAUACUUCAUCCUGCAGCUCUUA